CCAACCCAGUAGCAACCCUCAAGGGGGUGAAGACACCGCCCCCAGAAGCAGCAUUGGGGUGGUGACUCUGCUUCCUGUUGGGGCAAGCAGUUGAGAAAGGCUGGCUGGGAUUGGCUGCUGGGCCAAGUGGGCACCAGGAAGGAGAGAGACAAGCCCUAAGCUCGUAGCCCCCACAUUACAGAUGGGGCCUCAGAUCUUGCCUGCUUAGGAUGUUUUCCCUGUGAUAGAAAAGGAUAGUGGCUAGGUUUGUAGUGAACUUCCAGUAAGAUCAGAGCUGCUGGAACAAGGGAGUUAUGGGUGAAUAUAGACUUUAAGUGCCUCUGGGCUGUCAAUGUUUAGAAAUGCCAGGGCCAUUUGGACAGCCUUUAAAGCCUGUCUGCUCAGGAAUUCUUUAGGUGGACAGGGCAGUGCAGAGCAGGCCAGGGAGUGAUGGCAGGCCCAGGGAGUCACCUGGGGGAGGUAGCUUUUUCCACAGAAGCGAGUUCAGAAAGGCUAAGGAGCAGUUGGAGAGGCCGCAGGAGGUGACAGAGGCCACAGGGUCCGGCUGUUCUUUAGCAGAGAGAGGCAAGAGCCAUGCUCUUGCAUGAAUGACCUGGGACCCCCGCCUCAAAAUCCGUGAGGCCACCAGAGGAGCUGGGCUGCCCUGCCCUCCAGCCAGACACACCAGGCUCUCAGCCCCAGCCCAUGGACCUGCGAGUGGGCCAGCGGCCCCCCGUGGAGCCCCCACCGGAGCCUGCGCUGCUGGCCCUGCCGAACCCCCAGCGCCUGCACCGCCACCUCUUCCUAGCAGGCCUCCAACAGCAGCAGCACUCAGCUGAGCCCAUGAGGCUCUCCAUGGACCCACCAGUGCCGGAGCUGCAGGGGGGACAGCAGGAACAAGAGCUUCGGCAACUCCUCAAUAAAGACAAGAGCAAGCGAAGUGCUGUAGCCAGCAGUGUGGUCAAACAAAAGCUGGCUGAGGUGAUCCUGAAGAAACAGCAGGCGGCCCUUGAGAGGAUGGUCCAUCCCAGCAGCCCCAGUAUCCCCUACAGAGCUCUUGAGCCCCUGGACACCGAAGGCGCUGCCCGCACCGUGCUUAGCAGCUUUCUGCCUCCUGUUCCCAGCCUGCCCCCUGAACCCCCGGAGCACUUUCCCCUGCGUAAAACAGUGUCUGAGCCCAACCUGAAGCUGCGCUAUAAGCCCAAGAAAUCCCUGGAGAGGCGCAAGAAUCCCCUGCUCAGGAAGGAGAGUGCCCCGCCCAGCCUUCGGAGGAGGCCUGCAGAGACUCUUGGAGAUUCCUCCCCCAGUAGCAGCAGCACGCCUGCGUCGGGGUGCAGCUCCCCCAAUGACAGCGAGCAUGGCCCCAACCCUGCCCUGGGCUCGGAGGCGCUCUUGGGCCAGCGGCUGCGGCUGCAGGAGACCUCUCUGGCCCCGUUCGCUUUGCCGACAGUGUCCUUGCUGCCCGCAAUCACGCUGGGGCUGCCUGCCCCUGCCAGGGCUGAUGGUGACCGCAGGACCCAUUCAACCUUGGGCCCCCGGGGUCCAGUCCUGGGGAACCCCCAUACUCCCCUCUUCCUGCACCAUGGCCUAGAGCCAGAGGCUGCUGGCACCUUACCCUCUCGCCUGCAGCCCAUUCUCCUGCUGGAUCCCUCGGUCUCUCAUGCCCCACUGUGGACUGUGCCUGGGCUUGGGCCCUUGCCCUUCCACUUUGCCCAGCCCUUACUGACCACCGAUCGGCUCUCCGGGUCAGGCCUCCACCGGCCACUUAACCGGACCCGCUCAGAACCCCUGCCCCCCAGCGCCACCGCCUCCCCUCUGCUGGGCCCCCUGCAGCCACGCCAGGAUCGGCUCAAACCUCAUGUCCAGCUGAUCAAGCCAGCCAUCUCCCCUCCCCAGAGGCCUGCCAAGCCCAGUGAAAAGCCUCGACUGCGGCAGAUACCCUCGGCUGAGGACCUCGAGACAGAUGGCGGGGGAGCGGCCCCUGUGGUGAAUGACGGCCUGGAACGCAGGGAGUCAGGCCACGUGCCUUCUGAGGGCAGAGGCCCCGUUUCUCUGCAGCAGCACCAACAGGUGUCCCUCUGGGAGCAGCAGCGUCUCGCUGGGCGGCUCUCCCAGGGAAGCCCCAGGGACUCUGUGCUGCUACCUCUGGCCCAGGUUGGACACCGGCCCCUGUCCAGAACUCAGUCUUCCCCAGCGGCCCCCAUCUCCCUGCUGAGCCCAGAGCCCACCUCUCAGACCCAAGUUCUCAACAGCUCAGAGACGCCUGCCACAGGGCUGGUCUAUGACUCCGUGAUGCUGAAGCACCAGUGUUCCUGUGGAGACAACAGCAAGCACCCUGAGCAUGCAGGCCGCAUCCAGAGCAUCUGGUCCCGCCUGCAGGAGCGGGGUCUCCGCAGCCAGUGUGAGUGUCUCCGAGGCCGAAAGGCUUCCCUAGAGGAGCUGCAAUCAGUCCACUGUGAAAGGCAUGUGCUUCUCUAUGGCACCAACCCACUCAGCCGACUCAAACUGGAUAACGGGAAGCUGACAGGACUUCUAGCGCAGCGGACAUUUGUGAUGCUACCCUGUGGCGGGGUUGGGGUAGACACCGACACCGUCUGGAACGAGUUACAUUCCUCCAAUGCAGCCCGCUGGGCAGCAGGCAGUGUCACCGACCUUGCCUUCAAAGUAGCCUCCCGGGAGCUGAAGAACGGCUUUGCUGUGGUACGGCCCCCGGGACACCAUGCAGACCACUCUACAGCCAUGGGCUUUUGCUUCUUCAACUCCGUGGCCAUCGCCUGCCGACAGCUCCAACAGCAAGGCAAGGCCAGCAAGAUCCUCAUUGUUGACUGGGAUGUUCACCAUGGCAACGGCACACAGCAGACGUUCUACCAGGACCCCAGUGUGCUGUACAUUUCGCUGCAUCGCCAUGACGAUGGAAACUUCUUCCCGGGCAGUGGGGCUGUGGAUGAGGUGGGCACUGGCAGUGGUGAAGGCUUCAACAUCAAUGUGGCUUGGGCCGGGGGCCUGGAUCCACCCAUGGGGGACCCCGAGUACCUGGCUGCCUUCAGGAUAGUGGUGAUGCCCAUUGCCCGGGAGUUUGCUCCAGACCUGGUCCUGGUGUCUGCUGGGUUUGAUGCUGCGGAGGGUCACCCAGCCCCACUGGGUGGCUACCAUGUUUCUGCCAAAUGUUUUGGGUACAUGACACAGCAGCUAAUGAACUUGGCAGGAGGCGCAGUGGUGUUGGCCUUAGAGGGUGGCCAUGACCUCAAAGCCAUCUGUGAUGCCUCUGAGGCCUGUGUGGCAGCUCUUCUGGGCAACAAGGUGGAUCCCCUCUCGGAAGAAGGCUGGAAGCAGAAACCCAACCUCAAUGCCAUCCGCUCUCUGGAAGCUGUGAUCAGGGUGCAAAGGAAAUACUGGGGCUGCAUGCAGCGCUUGGCCUCCUGUCCAGACUCUUGGCUGCCCAGGAUGCCAGGGGCUGAUGCAGAAGUGGAAGCCGUGACGGCACUGGCAUCCCUCUCCGUGGGCAUCCUGGCUGAAGACAGGCCACCGGAACAGCUGGUAGAAGAGGAAGAACCCAUGAAUCUCUAGGGUUUCAGAACACAUCACCUGCCCAUCAGACAUGGCUCUCCUCACCUCUGUUGUCAGCCCUGCUCCUGGGUCUGCAGAGAUCCUCUGGGCAGGUAGUCAGGUCCAGAACGCAGCCUACCCUGACCGCUACCCCAAGGAACUUGAGAAGGCCACCGGGCAUGGGAUGGGGACCAGGGAGGACUCUGUGAGGAGGCAGGCUGGGUCUGGGGUCUUCUAGAGCAGACCCGGCCCUCUGCUGUCCAGGCCCCUAGCUGUGGCCUCCAUCCCUCAGGACCGCACAAAGGAGGACUGGCUGAAGUGGGCCCACCCAUAACCACUAUUUCUAACUUGGCCUCAGCCUGGGCGGCCCUUGCCGGGUUCUGGAGGGCUAGAGGAGUGGGAGGAGCCAAGGGCCCCCUAUUCCUGAGAUCAGGAGAGUUUCCUCCCACCUGCUUCCUCAGAUGCCUUUGUGGUAGCACUAGGCCCUGAGAGCCACUCUGAGCUGUGCUCUCCCUGUGCACGAGCAGGCCUCCCGUCUGGUCACUGUCCCACCAGAGGCCACCCUGUGAGGAACCAUCUCAGUGCCCUGGUGCAGCAGACAGAUGCUCUCUGUGCUUCCUGUCCCAAUGGUGCCAAACCUUCAUCUCCCUUCAAAAGCACAACACAGUCCCAGGGAUGCCUGGGCACUGGCCCCAGUUUGAGCCUUCUAUUUCUGGGGUUCCCCCACCUUCAGCUCUGCCCCAUGCAGGACUAGCUUAACUGAGGGAGGAUAAGGUGGGAGAGUAGACAGACAUGGAGAAGGGGAGGCCACCCCAGAAGUCCUCAAGGCUUCUGAGGUCUUGGCCUGGGUCCAAGGAAGAGUAUUUGUGUGUAUGUGUGUGUGCGCAGGUGUGUGUGUGCGUGUGUGGGGGGGGAGUGUGUGUCUUCUCCAGAACCCAACAUACCUUGUGUAUGUAUGCAUGUUUUUAUAAAAAAGAAAAAAAAUGAAAAAAAAAAACCUUCUGAACAAUAUAUGUUUUAUUUGCUUUAAAGUCCUUGUGAGAACGCCUCCUGGAUGUUGGUGGGACAUCUGGGGUGGUGUGUGCGCCGGACACCCUGCAAUGGGCUGAGGAAAGGCUUGGGCCUAGCUCAGACCCUCUGGUCCCUUUCCCGUUCGUGGCUACUGCAUGCAGGAAGGAACCACUCUUUUUCACGCUUACCAACCCAGGUGAAAAAGGAGAUGAAUGUGGCUGAGUCCUACAGACCGGGUCCUGUGGGGUUCAGGGACUUAGUUCGCCAAGAAGGUCAUGAAGCAGGUGCGCCUGGGCUUAAGCACUGCCUAGGAGGCCAGUAAAGUCAUUGCCUCCUGUAUAGGUAGGAGCAUCUCUCAGUAAACGGCUCCAGAAGUAGACGUGGUGUCUGGGCCUUCCCUGCUCGGAAGCACCGUGAUGUUUUAAGCAUGUGCCAUGAAGGGCGGGUGAGGCAACAGGCCAGGACACGUCGCACCCAGCGUGCGCAGAGGGAGGUGUCGGUUCCUGCCUUUCUGGUUCUGAGUCUGCCUAUCCUGGUCACCAUGAACCCUGGAUCCCCGUGCAGUCUGGCUGGGGUAGAAGAAAAGAUUCCCUUUCCCAUCGACCUUGGCCUGGGGGCGGGGGGAGGUGGGAUCUGUAGGGGAUGCUGAGGCUGUGGGCAUUUCAGCCUUGGCUGGGACAAGGCUGGGAGAGCAGAGGAGACCUGAGAUAGUGGUCUCCCACUAGCUCAAGAGGAAUCAGAGAUGGAAUGGACUACCUGUUAGCCCCAAGCUUACAUUAAGGAGAUAAUCAGAUGGCUGGAGACCCCACCUUGCCCACUCUUGUCCCCCCCCCAAGACCCUCGCCCCCAGAGAAACACCCUGAGGCUGAUAAAAAUGGCCGCUGUAUUUCUGCUAAAGUGACAGUGACACGGGUAAGGCAGGACCCAGGUGGGGAAAUAGACGUGCAAAAUGACAACCUAAAAGGCUGAAUGUGGCAACCCCUGCCCUCCCUCUCCGCUUAGGUAAGGCCUUGGGCCCAUGUCCACUCAAAAGAGUUCCUUCAGGAGAGAGACGGUGAGAAGUCAAAGCAGGGGUCUGGUGCAGGGAGAAGGUCCUUGUGGUCAGGGAGGUCUUGUGCAGUGAGGGGGCAAGUGGAGUGCAAAGACUCAGGAGUACAGAUGGAGAGUUCCCUCUAGCCCCCACCAGGUUGCCCCCAUCCCAAAGCCCUUCUAGGGUGUGUUUCCUGUGGUCCUCAAGUCUAGCCUCUGGUCUACGUGGUCACAUGUGUGUGUGUGAUACACAGGAAUGGUUGCCCGGCUCUAGCACCCUCAUGGGAAACAGAUUUUGCAUGGGGAGGUAGGAUGACACACUGGAUUCUGCUCAGCUCUGCUGCUUGGGCAAAGAGCCAGUUGUCCAUUCUCCAGGGACUCAUGAAUUUGGCCACCUGACCCUUGAGGACAAUAGGGUGGGAGAGCUGGGAUGGGAUUUGGAGAUCUCUAUGAGAGAUUCCUUACCUGACCCAGCCUUCCCAGGUGCUCCGCCCCCAGCUUCAAUGAA